GACGAAUCUGCCACCACCGUGUGCCUGUCUCAUUGCCGCAGUGAGCAAGUAUUUUCACGCUAUCUGUGCCUCUCCCACUACUUGCCUCUUAUAGGUAGCUCAAAUUGAUGUUGAAUGUGUGGUGAGGUUACAAACGGUGGGGAAGCUCCCCCGCCGUGAGGGGACAUGAGGGGCCGGAGGGCCGCCCGUUCACGAGCUGUUUCCCGCCGGCUGGGCACUCCGUCUCAAAGUCAACCUCUUCACAAACAUCUAACUCAUCGUCUUUUCACAUUUUAUUUUUUCUGAAUCAUAGAGCUUUAUAGAAACCUCACAAACAUCUCUGCCAAAGACCACACAGACCACAGUCAUUAUCGUCACCUCACAAACCACCACGAUGGCGCGCUUCCGCGUCCCCUUCGCCAACCUCCCCAUCCCGCCAGCCCUCCGCGUCCUCCCCGCGCCGACAAUCCGCAUCAUCGCUCUCCUCGUCACAAUCAACAUCAUAAUAUGGAUCGUCGCCGGCAUCAUCCUACACUUCCACCCCUCCCUCAUCUCCCCCGCAGCCCUCUCCUACGUCCUCGGCCUCCGCCACGCCCUCGACGCAGACCACAUCUCCGCCAUUGAUCUCAUGACCCGCCGCCUCAUCGCCUCCGGCCAGCGUCCCGUGACGGUGGGAACCUUCUUCUCUCUGGGCCACAGCACAAUCGUAAUCAUCACCUGCGUCGUCGUAGCCGCCACGAGCGGCGCGCUGCGGGACCGCUUCGACGGCUUCACGCGCGUGGGGAAUAUCAUCGGCACGAGCGUCAGCGCGGCGUUCUUGCUACUUCUGUGUGCCGGGAACGGGUGGGUACUGUAUAAACUUAUCCGGAGGCUGAAGGUCGUGCUGGAGGAGGAGAGGCGGCGCGGGUUGGAGGGGUACACGCCUACCGAGGAGGACGAGGCCGAUGCGGCGACAGAUCUCAAGUUGGAGGGCGAGGGUUUCCUGGCAAAUGUGUUUAGAAAGGUUUUCCGUGUCGUUGACCGGCCUUGGAAGAUGUUUCCCCUGGGAAUUUUGUUCGGGUUAGGUUUUGAUACGAGUUCCGAGAUUGCUAUUCUCGGGUUGUCGAGUGUGCAUGGUGCGCAGGGGACGAGCAUCUGGCUUAUUCUCAUCUUUCCCGUUCUUUUCACAGCUGGCAUGUGCCUUCUCGACACCACGGACGGCGCCCUCAUGAUGGCCCUCUACACCUCAAAGGCCUUCUCGCGCGACCGCGUCGCCAUUCUCUACUACUCCAUCGUCCUCACCGGCAUCACCGUCUUCGUCUCGGCCUUUAUCGGAAUCAUCCAGGUCCUUUCUCUCAUCGCCAACGUCGCCGAGCCCGAAGGCAGCUUCUGGGAUGGCGUCGACGCGAUCGGCGAGCACUUUGACAUCAUUGGCGGCAGCAUCUGCGGUCUCUUUGUCGUUGUCGGGCUCGGUUCGGUGGUGGUGUACCGACCAUGGAGGAGGAGGAUCGACAAGAAGAAUCAGGAGAGAGCUGUACUCGUGCCUGAGGAGGAGAGGGGCCUUGGGGCGGGCGAGCGGCCGAGCUAUGGUGCCGUUGAGCCUGGCGAUUCUGUCUCGAAGAAGGGUAUUGUGGCGACUGAGAGUGAUUUGCAAACGUAGCCAUCUCGAUUUUACCAAGUUUAUCCGCAUAGCGUGGGAGAUUUCUCAGACUGUAGAUGAGUUCACGCAUGGCGAGAGUCACGAUACAAGGUCAAGUAUCAUGGAUGGGUCGUUGCAUGGCGUUAUAAUAUAAGGUACCUUUACACACUAAUUCAUACAGGCG